AUGGAGACGAUAAAGAAAGGGUUUAGGAUUUCAAAAUUAAUUUCUUUCAGCAUCUCGGAUUAUUCUCAUCAUCACCAAUCUCAUUUUCGAACUCAUCGUCGUGUAGAUUCGCCAUUGUUAAGUAGAUUUUUCUCCUCGUCGUCAUACAAUAACAGGUCUAACGAUGGUUACAGUGGUGGUAGAUCACCACCACCAAGACGACGCUCCGGCGAUGGAUUCAGCACAUCAGAUCGAACUCCUACUUCGUCACGGCUUUCUGGAUUCAACCACGGUAACGAUGACCGCGACGCCGGCGAUAAUAGGGAUCGAAGACACGCAGGAGGAAGAAGGGAUUUCGACAGCAAUAGAAGACCUAAGUACGAUGAUGAUAGUAGGUAUAGACCGAGUAACAGAGCAUCAUCGGAAGUAAACAGAACCGAUAGUCGGAAAUCUGAAACUAACAGCUCUUAUGUCCCAUUUGAUGAUGAUGACGAACAAAAGCCCCAAUUUUCUCCUAGCCCACGAGUUAAGGAUACUAAGAUUCAGGACGUUGAUGGAUUCCUCGAUAGAUUCAAGCUUGGAUUCGAUGAAGAAAAAGGUAAUCCCAUUUCUGACAAAUCGGAUACCAGCAAUAGUGCCGGAGAGGGAGAAGUAGUGGCCGAGGAGCCUCAACCACCACCACCACCACCACCAGAAGACGCUGAUGAGCUAUUUAGGAAAAUGAAAGAAACAGGGCUGAUCCCAAAUGCAGUAGCGAUGCUCCAUGGUCUGUGUAGUGAUGGAUUGGUUCAAGAAGCAAUGAAGCUGUUUGGUGUAAUGCGUGAAAGAGGAUCCAUCCCUGAGGUGGUGAUAUACACAGCAGUAGUUGAAGGGUUUUGCAAAUCUCAGAAGCCAGAUGAAGCUAUCAGGAUCUUCAGGAAAAUGCAGAACAAUGGUAUUGUACCCAAUGCAUUUAGUUAUGGUGUUCUUGUUCAGGGUUUGGUUAAAGGGAAGAGGUUAGAUGAAGCUCUUGAAUAUUGUUUGGAGAUGGUGGAAGCUGGUCAUUCACCAAAUCUGGCUACUUUUACAGGUUUGGUGAAUGGGUUUUGUAGGGAAAGAGGUUUGGAAGCUGCUGAAAUGAUGAUUAAGAGUUUGAAAGAGAAAGGGUUUGGAUUUGAUGAGAAAGGCAUUAGAGAUUUCAUGGAGAAGAAAGGUCCAUUUUCGCCUUUGGUUUGGGAGGCAAUCUUUGGGAAGAAACGUUCACAAAUGUUUUGA